AACACUCAUUUGGUCCUGAUCUUCCCUGAGCUCCCCUCGAUUGUUGUCCCCCCAUCACCGAAUAACCUCAACCUACUUGAGUGCAGGCUCUGCCCCAGUGUUACUAGAGUCCAGAAGAAUACCAUCAUCGCCACUUUGAUCGCCCCGUUCGUCGCCAUCAAAUAUUUGUUUAUCACACUUCUUUAUCUUUAACCCAAUUCUCACUCUUUUCUACCUCCUCGGAUCUGUCGUUGACAUCUUCAGCUCCUACUCUCCCCUACUAAAUUAUACGGUGGCUGGCUUGACGUUCCCUACUUUGCCUAAGUUGUGCUCCUUCGCUUGCUCGAAGGAAUCAGCGUUUCUGCUCUGGCCUCGAAAGUCAAAAUAGGUUUGCUAAGAGGUCACAGGGCCUCGCGUAGCAGCAAUGACCACAUUCGUGGCUUCCCUGUAAGCAUUUUCAUCCCUUCGGAGUUUCCCUCUGUCGUCGACUGCAUUUCAGCCCUACCCGAUCCGCCGGGAUACUGAUAUUUUCUAUGCAGCCACCUCCCCUAUACCGUCCAUUUUGACAAUGGCACCGAAACUCCUCAGCAUAGGUCUCCACUCGGAUCACCCACUGCCUCUCGGGAGAGGGCCCAUUCGGACUCCCAGAGGUCACCACCGCGAAUGAAGUUGGCAGCCAAUAUCAAUAACCGCGCCGAGGCAGUUCGCACUCCCUUUGAGACGCCAACUCCCGUGCCGAAUCUUCUCCAGACGCUUGGCAGAAGUCUCUCUUCGAUAUCGGCGAGCGAACCAACCCCUCCUUUAACCCCGACAGCCGCCGGGAGCCCUACAGGCGAGGAGCUCUUCUUCCAUCUCGGUGCCUCUGAAGAUGCGCUAUCAUGCUCUCCCAGUGGGCUGGUUUUUCCCCCAGAGCCCCGACACUCAAAACCGCAGGCGGGAACGCCACCACCGGGCUCUGUCGAGAAUAUUAUUGCCUCCGACGCGCAGGGUCUCGAAGAUAGCUACUUUCCUUUUCCCACCACCUACAAGCGCGAAAAGCGCCGGUCGUCUGCAUCUGAACGGAGUAGUUCAUUUACGGAUAAGUCUUGGCGCAUCGAAAGAACCGAUCAAGGCAAUGGUGGAUUGAAGAACGCCGUCGAGGCUGCAAUUUCUUCCGGGGUUAUGGAGGACAAAACCUGGGUUGGAACAUUGGGGUCUCCUGCGGAUGCCCUUGAGGAAUCGGUGAAAGUUGCAAUAGAGGGGCGUCUCCGCGAGGAUUACGAUUCACUUGUAGCUUUUCCAAAGGAUAAAGACUUCGAUAGCCAUUAUAACCAUUACUGCAAAGAGGUUUGAGUAAUCUCUCAAAGUUAUGCCCGUAAAUAUACUGAUUGUUUUUCCAGGUUCUGUGGCCUGUUUUCCACUAUCAAAUUCCGGAUCACCCAAAGAGCAAGUAAGCGGAGACGGCUCCUUGAAUUUUUGCAGGGGAAAAAUGGUAAAAGGUCUAAUUUGUAUCUGCAGGGCCUUUUUGGAUCACUCAUGGAAAUACUUUGAGACCGUUAAUCGUUGCGUUGCCGAAGUCAUCAUUAAGGAUUACAAGCGUGGCGAUACCGUUUGGGUUCACGACUAUCACUUGCUCCUAGUCCCCAGGAUGGUCAGAGAAGCCCUCGGCCCAGAGGCCAAGAUCGGAUUCUUUCUCCACGUGGCAUUCCCAUCCUCAGAAAUCUUCCGCUGCUUAGCGCAUCGUCAGCAGCUGUUGGAGGGGAUGUUGGGGGCUUCGUUGAUCGGAUUCCAGACGGAGGAGUACACACGUCACUUCUUGCAGACCUGCAGUAGAUUGCUGUGUGUCGAGGCCAAAAAUGAUGGGUUAGAGCUUGAUGACAGGUUUGUUAAUGUUAUUAACUUGCCGAUUGGUAUAAACCCCGUUCAACUGGAAGAGAAGAGGAAAGAAGAAAAGGUUCAGGAGUGGUUGGAUACCCUCAAGACGAGAUAUGCCGGAAAGAAGUUAUUCGUCGCCCGAGACAAGGUGUGUUCUCCCCGUCCUUCCGGGAUUAUUCUUGGCGCUUAUUAUUUCUAGUUGGACGGUGUGCGAGGUGUUAGGCAGAAAAUGUUGGCAUUUGAGCUCUUUCUAAAGAAACAUCCCGAAUGGGUCGGGAAGGUAGUUCUGCGGUUCGAAAUUUUUAGAUAUGAGUAUUAACAGUCACCAGGUCAUUUUGAUACAAGUCGCUCUCACUACGACUUCCAUUGUUGAGUCGCAAUCAACCGUUAUCGAUAUUGUAACUCGCAUUAAUUGCGUGUAUUCCACUUUGGAUUACCAACCGGUCGUAUACCUCCACCAAGACAUCAGCUAUCAACAGUAUCUCGCUCUCCUUGCUAUCGCUGACGCCCUCAUCGUGACGAGCCUUCGUGAUGGUAUGAACUUGACAAGUCAUGAGUUUGUUUACUGUCAGGAUGAGAAGCAUGCACCUCUUAUUCUCAGCGAAUUCACCGGGAGUGCUUCUGUGUUUGAUGGUGCCGAGAUAUCUGUGAACCCCUGGGACCAUAGCAAAUGUGCCGAUGCACUCUACCAGGCUCUCACAAUGCCGGAAGAAGAGAAGAGCGAGAGAUGGAAGAAGUUGCACAAGAUUGUUAUGCACCAUAAUGCAGCGUAUUGGUGUCAGACAUUCAUAAAUGAACUUGAUCGUGCUUGGGAAGAGCAACAGCGACGCGGUUCAACUACUAUCCCGAGACUAUCCACAAAGGCCCUUGUGGAGGCAUACGGGGAAUCCGAGAAGAGGGUUUUCUUUUUGGAUUAUGAGGGGACAUUAGCUUCUUGGGGUUCUCCUACAAGUAUUAUUCUCACAAGCCCCCAACGCACUCUGGACGUUCUGCACGACUUGCUUCUUGAUGAGCGAAAUGUGGUGUACGUGAUGAGUUCCAGAACUCCUGAGGUAUGGUUUCUAUUUUUUUAUCUUUCCCUUUAUUUUUAUUCCCUUGGGCCGAACGGCUCACGGUAUAGUACUGAUACGUGAUGCAGGAGCUUGAGCGUCUCUUCCACCGAGUUCCAGGAAUUGGGCUCAUUGCCGAGAGUGGCUGCUUUAUUCGCUUGUUACAAAACGACCGUUGGUUGCGCUUGGCGGACAAUAAGCUCCCGUGGAGGCGGAGUGUGAAAGAGAUUAUGGAUUACUACGCCGAAAGGACACCUGGUACUUUCGUAGAGGAACGGAAUUGCUCUUACAUAUGGCACUAUGGCAGGGCGGAAGAUCAGACACUCGCUGCACGGCAAGCUGGCGAAUGCUGCAAUCAUGUGAACGACUCAUGUGAGAGCUAUAAUGUUCAUGCAGUCCCCCUAGGCGGGGCAGUCCUGGUAGAGUCUAUGGACUGGACGAAGACUACUGCAGCACAAAAGGUCAUGGUCUUGGAGGCCGGACAGGACGAGCCCGGCACAGACUUCCUGAUGGUUAUGGGAGACGGCCGCGAUGACGAACCGGUCUUUGCUUGGGCGAAUGAAUUGGGCCGGAGUGGGGCAGUCAAGAAUGUAACGACUGUUAAAGUGGGAACCAAGAACUCUCAGGCAAAUACAACCAUCACCGGUAUUGCGGGUAAGUUUGAUUGCGAAAGGAUUGUUCUAGCAUGUGAGCGUGCCGAAUGGUUGGCUGACAAUUUUCCGCGAAUUAGGUGUGCUCACUGCCUUGCAUAAGCUCCCUGCUACAAUUCCCGAUUUUUAAGCGGGGCUUCUAUUUUGUUUUUAUUUCUGAUCAAUUAGGCGUCGGGAUUUCCCUUUUCUGCCGGGCUCUCUUUAUUUUCUUUUGGAAAUCUGUAAGGUUGAUAUCAAAAACACCUGCUUGCGCCCCUUUCUCACCCCUAAUCUUCUCUUUUUUAUUGCUUUCUUUUUUCGUCUGGGGGAUCAGUCGGUGGCAAUUAUUGGGAUGCCGUAGGGUAUUGAUCUGAUUGUCGAUCUGCCUUGCUGGUUCGCAGGACCUCUCUCUCUUUCAUUCAUCUCCUUCUCUCAGUCGGGGGUCAGUCGGUUGGCCCCCCUCUGAACGGACGAAUGUUUCUGCAUGGUGUACUGUACACAUCUAACCCGGGUACCUACAUAGAUGAGGCCUCACUCGGGGGGGGCUGAGAAGAGCGGAAUGAUUGAAUUACGAAUUGGAAUUU